GGCACGAAUGUCGUGGACCUGCUGCCGUUCUGAGGUGCUUCAUUAGCUUGCCUCCUGCCGAUUCUGAAUGUCCCAAAGUAAAAGGGAAUAUUUUUUAAGUGUGCCAGGCUGUUACAGCUGACACACCAACAGUGACCGUGCAUGGCUGACCCUGCAGGAGGUUAAAACGCCCCAGGAAACUCCAGGUCUGUGUGGCUGUGUGAACUAAGAACAAGCGAUGGGGGAAAAUGACAAACGUUUUUACAAGACCCAGCUUCUCAGGAAAGGGAAAACAGCGCCGGUUUCGGGAAGCCCGCACCCCUGUGCAGCCCCGAGUCACUCUUUAUCGGCAGCGCUGCGACCUCGGCGAGCACCGUCAGCGGGGAAGGGCGGCGGGCCAAAACCACCCGACCCCGGGGCCCCCCGCCUGCGCCGCCGCACUUCUCCUAUUUUCCGGCUCAAAUAGGGGGAUGCCGCCGGGGCUGGGGAUGGGGCCGGCAUGGCAGCGUGGGCGGCCCUGCUGCUGGGGGUGCUGCUGGCGACCCACCGCCCCGGGGGUGCAGCCCUCCUGGAAGCCAACGGCAACCUGAGCUGCCGCUGCGCCAAGACCACGGCCACCUUCAUCCACCCGGCCAAGUACGAGAGCGUUGAGGUCCGGCCAGUGGGGAGCAGCUGCCGGCGCCUCGAGGUGGUGAUUAAACUAAAAUCCCUCGAGAGGGUCUGCGUGGAUCCCAACGCCCUCUGGGUGAAGAAACUCCUGCAGGACCUCCCGAAGCUGAGGAAGAAAGCUGCUCCUCCCUGAGGAAGCUGCCGCUGGAACGCACGGAUGGGCUGUGCCCAAAACUGGGCAGCCCCCUCCCCGCCGUCGCUUCGCCCCCAGCCCAGAGGGGAGCGUGCUGCUGUGUGAUGCCCCGCAGCCAUUUUCCCCCUGCGUUUUCCCCCAUUUUAUACACCUAAACCCCUGCAAAUGCUCGUGCGCAUUUCCCUUGCCCCCACCCCACGGUGACGUUCCCCGCAGCCCCUCGGCACCAGCAAGAAGCGAAAUGUCCCCUUCGGGCACGAGUAACAAAUAA